AUGGACAGCGAGCAGUUUCAAUCUGCAUCAUCCGGGGCAUCUGCCACAUAUCCCCAGCAGGCUUCUGCCUUGAGGAAGAACGGUUAUGUCAUGCUUAAAAACCAUCCCUGUAAGAUAGUUGACAUGUCUACUUCUAAGACUGGAAAACACGGGCAUGCCAAGGUUCAUCUUGUUGGGCUUGAUCUUUUCACCGGCAAGAAGUAUGAAGAUAUUUGUCCUUCGACCCAUAACAUGAAUGUCCCCAAUGUGAAAAGGACUGACUACAUGGUCAUGGAUCAUGAUGAUGAUGGUUUUUUGAGCCUGAUGGAUGACAAUUCAGAGCAGAGAGAUGACCUUAAAAUGCCAGAAGGCGAGUUGGGCGAAGCCAUAAUCAAAAAAUUAGAAGAGGGUGAAUCAAUUUUGGUCACAGUGCUGAAGGCUAUAGAAGACGAGCAAGUUGUCGCUUUCAAGGUGCAGCCCAAAUGA